AUGGAGCAAGACAAUCCCGCGGCGCGAGGUGCCGCCGCAGCCGCUGUUCAGGUCCAAUCCAGGAAGCGACCCCAAUCACGAGCGUCGACAACCUCCGUCCACAGCGCCGCCGCCCAGCCCAGCAUGGAGCAUUCUGCCUUUGCCGGCAACACGGCCAUGUACGCGGGUCAAUGGAUACCUAACGAUCACGGCCACGACAAGCCGAUGAACUCGACCGCCCAGAUGUCUCCCGAAGACAUGAUUCUCCAGGCCGCGACCCACAUGCAGUCGGCCAACCACGAUUUUCCCAUGGACGGAUCGAUGCCAGCACCCAUGGCCCAUCAUCAUCACAUCUCCUACCAACAACCGCCGCCGCAGCAGCACGUUGCGGCAAGACACCCGCUCCCGAACCACCAAUACGGCGGAAAUGCGAGCUUCACAGAGGGUGACAGCCAAAUGCUCGAUCGCGACGAUGGUGACGAUGGUGACUCCAUUGCCGGCGCCGGCGGCGCUGCAAAGCAUGCAACCCGGUCGAGCGCCAACAACGAACUCGAGAUGAGGCACUUGUUCAGCGCAAACCGACAUCGUCAGCUCGAAGAUGUUGCCAGCGAGCUGCAUGGUAACGAGCGGGGGCCCAACUCGGAACGCACCCGCCAGGUCUUUGCCAUGCUAUGGAUCAAUUCUGUCUGCUCCAAGGGCAAGGGAUCCGUCCCUCGAGGCCGCGUUUAUGCCAACUACGCAUCGCGUUGUGCCACCGAGAGGAUCACCGUUCUCAACCCCGCUAGUUUCGGGAAGCUCGUUCGCGUUCUGUUCCCGGGACUCAAGACACGCCGGCUCGGUGUCCGCGGAGAGUCGAAAUAUCAUUAUGUCAACUUCGCACUGGUCGAGGACCAGGCGGAUGCUCGUGACUCGCAGCCGCCUGCACCGCGUCCGCUACCCGAAGCCAAGAGCUUCCCGCCAAGUUUCAGACCUCGAUCCCAAUCGAACGCGACGGCCACCCGCGGGCUCGUGCCUUCCGCCAAGUCGGUGACGCAGGCUCAGAAGAACAGUGGUCAUCCCCCAUCGACAGCCGGCACAUGCCAUGCCCUCUACAAUCAUCCCGAGAUAGCAAGCUUCGAGACGAUUCGAUCGACGUCGACGAAGACGCCGUUGGAGCUUUCCUUUCCGUCGGCCGAUGAGACGACGACGCAGCAGUCGGAGCCGGUCACGCUCCCGGCCAUCGAGCCGUACCUACCGCCGGGGACGGAUCCGGAUGCCGCAAAGUCACUCUCGGCCCUGUAUCGGUCUCACUGCACGUCCCUCAUCGAAUGCAUCCGAUACUGCCGAGAGAAGACGUUCUUUCAUCUGUACACUUCCUUCCAGGGGACUCUGACGAUGCCGGUGCAGAAGUUGUUUUGCAACGAGGCCUUGGCACCGUGGAUAGAAGGAUGCGACUACAUCCUGUACCAACGAAUGAUGAGCAUCAUCGCGGCCCUGACGCUGCAGGUGGUCCCCAAGCAGGUUCUGGAUACGCUCCGCAACAUCUCGCAGCGGCUCGUGCCGCACAUCCGUGAGGCGUUGCAGGGGCAACCGCAGCAUGUCUACGCGGCCAAGGAAGCGCCGGCGGCCAUCUUUGCCGGUUUGCUGGAUCGCGCACUACGCGUCAACCUCACGGCGCACGCGGCAGCCAACAUGCUGUCGAACCCGGCCAACCGUGACCAGAUGUAUGUCGACUGGAUCACGCUGAUCCGAGCGCGCAAGCUCGCCGAGUGUAUACCGAUCCAGGCGAUGGAUGACGUCGUCGACCUCCUGGUGACGGAGAUCCGUGACCUGCUGGACCCCGCCAACGUCCCGUGGGAGGUGGAAUGCUUGACGAUUUAUGGGGACGUCACAUCACGAAACGGGCGACGGUCGGAUGAGCACAGCAGCGGCCACUCGACGGGCCAGAACGUCCUCGACAGGUGGGUCGGCUUCCUCCAGAGCCUGCCUGAGAAGUUUCCGUACGCCUCCCACACCGAUAUCCUCUGGUGCGUCGAGAGGGUCGGCACGGCGGUGAUGCGCGACCUCACGCUCGCCCAGGGGAAGAGCUUUGGCUCCUGGUGGGUGACGAAGACGUGGGUGGACGAGAUGAUCUGCUUUCUCGCGGCCCAAGGCGGCUUCAUGAAGCAGAAGGCUCGACAGCCGAGCUCGAGCAGCCUGACGAAUGCGAACCCGGAGGAAGCCAUCAAGGAGACGACGAGCCGGCCCAACUCCCGAUACAGCAGCGGCAGCGAUGGCCUGAACUUGCCCAACGUCUCGCACUCGCAACCCGGACGAGCCCCUUUUCCUCCACCGCCAAGCGGCAACCAGGCGUCGAUGGGCCUGAGCGGCGGUGAUCCGCAUGACGACAGCGGGAUCGGCAUCCGGACACCGGAAGAGGAGUUCCCCAUGGACAAGUAUACCUACACGGGCUCUGAGAACGUGGCCAUGGCGGCGGCGGCGGAACUUUCGACGGUGGCGGCUGGCAUCUGA